AUGAGAAUGAAAGCGGAACAUAGGGAGAAAACAGACGAAGAAAAAUUGGCGCGUGAGUUUGAAGAGGAAGAAGAGUAUCACAAAUUCCUGGACGAACUACAUAAGAAUGGUAAGCCAACCGAUGUUCCGAUAAGGGCUGGGAUGAGAAACGUCCUAUUCGGUAAAGACUGAUGACAUUACCAAAUAAAGUUUUGACUAUUCCUAGGUAGGCAAAACAGGCGUUAAUUAAUGCAUUUUCAUGCUGAAAAUUUAGCCAGGUAGUGACCUGGCGGGGUUAGCAAAUUUAUAUGACGCAGGUGCGGAUUCUCGGCCCAAAAACAGGCGUUUUCUGCUAAGUGGGUGUUUUCAUGCAUUUUCAAAAUCAACAAUUUAUAAUCGGGACUUUCCUACAUACAAAUAAAGCAAUCAUGACGCUAUUGAGGAGAACGGAUAACAAAGUUCAACUCUAUUUCAACUGUCCGGAAAAGAUGGAUCGCAUCAUAAGAAUGUGUAGCUAUACCGACUACAUGGACAUGACGGUCAUCAUUUUAACCAUGGGCGGAAUAGGAAUAGUGGCUAAACACAGAAUCAAGUUCGGAAAAGGAUGGAUGGGUCGGAACGCUGGAAUUCGAGGUGUGGAUUAUGUUUACGGAUGUCUGAAAGGCAUUCACAUCCUAAUUACCAUUUCCGAAUCCGUCGAUGUGAUUGAUUGUUGACUUGAAAGUCCAGAAGACAGAAUUCACCUAGGUAUACCAAUGGAUAUUAUAAAUAAUUUGUUCCAUAUGUGUAUGUCUUGGCAGGAGUGGUCGGAGGAAAGGGAAGAACGAAGAGCAAUAGAUGCGGAAAACGGAGAGGUUACAGAGGAGGCACAAGUGGGAGUAAUGGAAAUGAUGGAAGAAAUGCGAAUAGAGGCUGAAAUGAAGUAA